UGCUGUAGACCAUUUGCUUUAAGAAAAAGUCAUCAAAGAAAAAAGAGUGCAAAGAAGGACACACACACACACACACACACACAAAAAGCCUAAACAAGCUUUCGAUUCAUAACAAUGGCAACCAAAUUGAAGAACAUGAACCAGGCUAUGAUAUUCCAUGCCCUGCUUGGACUACUUGUUGGUAUCAUCGCUCGCACUUAUUUUCAUGGGUCACAAAACAAUGAAAUUGGAAGCUAUCUUGAUGAACUUGCUGGAAGCACUGUGAUAAGAAGUAUCAAGGAUGGAUUUGUUAGAUUGGCAGUCAAAUUCCUCCAUUUCUUCAUUGCUAAGUGGUUACAGUUUAGAUAUUUGGGAUCCCUGCUUUUUGCACCUUCACCAAUGUCUUUGUUAUUCUGGGUUGCAUUUACAAGAUCAAUCUCAUCAAUGGCUGAUAAUCCUUUUCCUCUGUAAAUUAUUGUAAUUUUAAAACACAUUAAUCAUGGUGACUUGGCCAUCGGCAAUGUUUUGGUCCAAAAUCUGGCAGGCAAAAGAGAUUUUGGAACUGAAAAUGACUGUCAAGCCGAAGUAAUGGUGUUACAAAUUGUAGGGAAAGGAAAAGAAAAUGCUAAAUCAGUUGAAAAUCAAUCAUGGGAUUUAAGUAUAAUUUUCAAUUUUUUUUUAACCAUUUUGUUUAGUUCAUUGGUUCUUUAGCUUCUAGCCAUGAAGUUGUGAACAAACAAUCAAUAUUUGACCUUCAUUGCAAUAUAAACAUUUGUUUAGUUCUUGGAAUGCCAUGUUAUUUGAUUGGAAAUGUGAAAAUUUGCUAGUGGCUAAAGAGGAGCAAUUGACAAAUAAACAAAGUAAUAGGAUUUGUCAUAAAUUCUAAAUGCUAGGAGUAUUAUUUUUUACACAUCUUUUAAUAUAAGUUGGCAAUAAUCUAAUUAAAUUGCUAAUAUUUAAUCACACCCAUGACUUAUUUUGGUAAAGAUUAUGAAAAUUUUAACUUAUUUUGAAGAGAUCUUAUUUUUUUACAUAAGUCUUUUAAUUUCAAAUUUAAAUUUGUACUAACUAUUGUAAUACAUAUGCAAUAAAUAAAUUUUUCAUUCAUAUUAUUACGCUAGUAAUCAAAUGAAGCAAAAAUACUUUAUAUAAUUCAAUUUUAAAAAGAACAUGAAAUUAAUAUGAAAAGAUCUAAGGACCAAAAGUAGAUAAUUUAUAUUUUAAGUUACUUAGCUUUCAUGUAGGUCACAAACAUCAAGUUACAUCACUGAAGUUCUACCAUUAACAAAUUAGGAGGUCACUUGUACUAAUUUUGAUACAGAAAUUACCUUACCAUGUAUACUUAACAUAAAAUAAACUUUAGAAAUCGAUUACACAAAAUUUGGCCUUU